AUGACGCCUCGUUUUCUCCUCAUGCUGGUGUUCGUCGGGUUUCAUUGUCAAUGUCGGAGCUACACGCUGAGGAGCUCCGUCUCCUGGGCGGUCUCCUCCAGCGACGUGGGGGAGAGAGACCUGUCCGAGGAGGAGGAGGUCUCCCCGGCGCUCCUGGUGGACGGCGGCGGCUUAUGGAAGCAGCCCUACCAGGCAAAGGUGCUGGGAGAGGCCGUAGAAAAGCCUGAAGGGUCGGUGAAACCAGAGAGAGAAAACGCUGCUCCGCUUUCAUCCAGGCUGUUUUCUUAUCGGAUGGAGGAGGUGGCGAGGUCCUCCAACAGCAGACCUCCUCCCCCGCACCAGGAGACCGCCAGAACCGCCCGCUACAUUUCCCAUUACAGCGACUGGGGCCAUCUUGCCACCAUCUCAACUCAAGACAAGAUCAAGGGUCUCCCCUUUGGUAACAUCUUCUCAGUCAGUGAUGGGCCAUUGGAUAACAGCACUGGAGUCAUUUAUUUUUACGUUACUCCGAUGGAUAACACUGUGUCUGACCUGAAAAGCAACCCGUAUGCUUCUCUCACGUUCUCAGAGGCUGAGGGAGACUUCUGCAGGCAGAUGAUAUAUGAUCCUGAGGAUCCAAGAUGUGCCCGACUCACAUUAACAGGCAAGAUGGUGACGGUGGGCCCAGAGGAGCUGGAGUUUGCAAAGGCAGCCAUGUUCACAAGGCAUCCGGUGAUGCAAAAAUGGCCAGUGGAACAUAAGUGGUUCUUCUUGAAGCUAGAGUUGAUCCAGGUCUGGCUGCAGGAUUGGGUUGGAGGAGUGUCACUCAUUCCAUUGGAGGACUACUUCAAAGCCACACCUUUCUAAAAGUCUCCAUCUUGGUGCUAGCCUUGUGAGCCAGAUCAGUCUCACAAAUCAACCAUGUUGAUUUGUGAGAUUUGAUCUGGUUUCCCUCUCAUUGAAAGCUCUAAUCCCAGUAUUGGAGGCUGAUCGAAGGAGACCCUAUGCAGCAUUGUUGUAAAUAACAAUAACGCAAAGACAAAUUCAUAAAUCUCAUAAUGUAGAGUGACUUUCAUGGCAACAGCCAACACACUUUUGCAUGGUGCAGUGUGCCUGUGUCAUGUGACACAUCAUGUGAUAUGGCUUCCACAACUAACUCUACCAUUCACCUCUUCCAAGAUAGUUCUUUACAAAGCUGCUUUGUCACAGGUCACCCUCUAUAGUCAUUGGAUUAGUCUCCAAAGCUUUGAUUGGACCAUCUAUUUGUUGGGUGGGCUCGCCUUUUUGAAACUGUUCCCUAUGAGAUGAUGGCCAUACUCAGUCAUACCCAGUCAAUUUGGGUGUCAUGGACUCCCAAAUUGGGUCUGGUUGAUGAGAUUAUACCAGUGCAUCAUUCCAGACUGUAAAUACAGGUCAGUCCAGCAGGCAAAGCAUCGGGAGUGUGAUUCUUAAAACCGUCCCUGUGUAAAGAAUAUUGUGAAAUCUCUCAAAAAAUCUGUUGGUUUAAGUGGUAUUUAUGAAUGGCCUUUGCAGCCUACAAACUUUUUACUUUGUCUUGGAAAUCAUCAAGCUUUUUAAGUCAUCUUUGGUUAAUAUAUUAAUGGGUGGUGUUAUGGCAUUACCCAUAAUCCUGUGAUGCAUUCACAAUGAACGUGCAUUAGUUUAUGUUUUGAAAUGAGGAAUGUGUGUACACAAAUGAGCAUAAGAAUUGUUGAAUGACAUUGUAAUGCUUGUGGGUUUCCUGGGUUUGCAUUUUUGAAAUGCCUCUUGUAGGAACUGGUUUGGUUCAGUCCAGUCGAUAUUUAAACUUGCAUUGUUACUACUACUACUACUGCUCCUGCUUUCAGCUGCUCCUGUUAGGGGUCGCCACAGCGGAUCAUCCGUUUCCAUCUCUUCCUGUCCUCUGCAUCUUCCUCUGUCAUGCCAGCCACCUGCAUGUCCUCCCUCACCACAUUCAUAAACCUCCUCAUUGGCCUUCCUCUUUUCUUCCUGCCUGGCAGCUCCAUAUUCAGCGUCCUUCUCCCAAUAUACCCAGCAUCUCUCCUCCACACGUGUCCAAAACAUCUCAAUCUUACCUCUCUUGCUUUGUCUCCAAACCAUCCAACCUGAGCUGUCCCUCUUAUAUACUCGUUCCUAAUCCUGUCCUUCUUCGUCACUCCCAGUGAAAAUCUUAGCAUCUUCAACUCUGCCACCUCCAGCUCCACCUCCUGUCUUUUCGUCAGUGCCACUGUCUCCAAAUCAUACAACAUAGCUGGUCUCACUACCAUCUUGUAAACCUUCACUUUACCUCUUGCUGGUACCCUUCUGUCACAAAUCACUCCUGACACUCUUCUCUACCCAUUCCACCCUGCCUGUACGCUCUUCUUCACCUCUCUUGUGCACUCCCCGUUAUUUUGAACAGUUGACCCCAAGUAUAUAAACUCAUCCAUCUUCAUUGCCUCUACUCCUUGUAUCCUCACCAUUCUGCUGUCCUCCCUCUCAUUCACGCAUAUGUAUUCCAUCUUGCUCCUAGUGACUUUCAUUCCUGUUCUCUCCAGUGCAUACCUCCACCUCUCCAGGCUCUCCUCAACCUGCUCCCUACUCUCACUACAGAGCACAAUGUCAUCCGCAAACAUCAUCGUCAACGGAGAUUCCUGCCUGAUCUUGUCCGUCAACCUGUCCAUCACCAUUGCAAACAAGAAAGGGCUCAGAGCCGAUCCUUGAUGUAAUCCCACCUCCACCUUGAACCCAUAUGUCAUUCCAACCGCACACCUCACCAUUGUCACACUUCCCUCAUACAUAUCCUGCACCACUCCUACAUAGUACUUCUCUGCAACUCCCGACUAUCUCAUACAAUACCACACCUCCUCUCUUGGCACCAUGUCAUAUGCUUUCUCUAAAUCCACAAAGACGCAAUGUAACUCCUUCUGACAUUCUCUAAACUUCUCAAUCAACAUUCUCAAAGCAAACAUCGCAUCUGUGGUGCUCUUUCGUGGCAUGAAACUACUAUACUGCUGCUCGCCAGUCAUCACCUCUCCACUUAAUCUAGCUUCCAUUACUCUUUCCCAUAUCUUCAUGCUGUGGCUGAUCAACUUUAUACCUCUGUAGUUGCUACAGUUCUGCACAUGGCCCUUAUUCUUGAAAAUUCGGUACCAGUAUAUUUCUUCUCCACUCCUCAGCCAUCCUCUCCCUUUCCAAGAUUGUGUUAAACAAUCUAGUUAAAAACCCCACUGCCAUCUCUCCCAAACACCUCCGUGCCUCCACAGGUAUGUCAUCUGGACCAACUGCCUUUCCAAUCUUCAUCGUCAUCAUAGCUGCCCUCACUUCCUCCUUGCUAAUCCACCACACUUCCUGAUUCACUACCCCCGCAUCAUCCAACCAUUUCUCUUACUCUCAUUUUCUUCAUUAAUCAGCCCCUCAAAGUACUCCUUCUACCUUCUCAACACACUCUCCUCGCUUGUCAGCACAUUUCCAUCUCUAUCCUUCAUUGCCCUAGCCUGCUGCACAUAAUUCCCAGCUUGGUCCCUCUAUCUAGCCAAUUGGUACAAGUCCUUUUGUCCUUCCUUAUUGUCCAACCUCUCAUACAACUCCCCAUAUGCCUUUUCCUUUGCCUUCGCCACCUCUCUCCAUUUUACGGCACAUCUCCUUGUACUCCUGUCUACUUUCUUCAUCUCUCUGGCUGUCCCACUUCUUCUUUGCCAACCUCGUCCUGUGUAUACUUUGCUGUACUUCCUCAUUCCACCACCAAAUCUCCUUGUCUUCCUUCUUCUUUCCAGAUGACCACCAAGUACCUUCCUAGCUGUCUCCCUCACUAUUUUUGCAGUAGUUGCUCAGCCAUCCGGCAACUCUUCACUACCACCUAGUGCCUGUCUUAACUGCGCCCUGAACGCCACACUUCUUCCUUCGUCAACUUCAACCAUUUGAUCCUUGGCUCUGCCUUCACUCUCUUCCUUUUCUUGAUCUCCAAAGUCAUCCUACAGACCACCAUCUGAUGCUGCCUAUCACCACCUUGCAGUCUCCAAUCCCUUUCAGAUCACGCCUUCAAUCCCUUUCAGAUCACUCCUCGUGCAUAAGAUAUAGUUCACCUGUGUGCACUUUCCUUCACUCUUAUACAUCACCUUGUGUUCUUCCCUCUUCUUGAAAUAUGUAUUCACCACAGCCAUUUCCAUCCUUUUUGCAAAAUCCACCACCGUCUGUCCCUCCACAUCCCUCUACUUGGUACCAUACCUGUCCAUCAUCUCCUCAUCACCUCUGUUCCCUUCAACAUGCCCAUUGAAGUCUGCUCCAAUUACCACUCUCCUCCUUGGGUACCCUCUCCACCACUUCAUCCAACACACUCCAGAAUUCUUUCUCUUCCAUCUCACACCCAAAUUGUGGGGCACAUGCACUGAUAACAUUCAUCAUCACACCUUUGAUUUCCAGCUUCAUGCUCAUCAGUCUGUCGACACUCUCUUCACACCUCCAGCAUACUCUUGGCAUACUCUUCCUUCAGAAUUACCCCUACCCCAUUUCUCCUCCCAUCCGCGCCAUGGUAGAAGAGUUUGAACCCACCUCCGAUGUCCCUGGCUUUACUUCCCUUCCACCUGGUCUCUUGCACACACAGUAUAUCUACCUUCCUUCUCUCCAUUACAUCAGCCAGCCCUCUUCCUUUACCAGUCAUAGUGUCAACAUUCGAAGUUCCGACUGUCACCUCCACACUCCUACCCUUCCUCCUCUCCCACUGCCUCUGGACAUGCCUUCCCCCUUGUCUUCUCCUUGCUAAGGAGUAAUUUUUGCUGAAUUUUUGCUGUUUAGAGAUUGCAGUACUUCGGCUUUGCAGAACAAUUUUUGUUGCAUUAAUUAUUUUAAUCAAGGUAUUUCUGGAAGUGAAUCACUGAUUAUUUUUUCAAAGUAAGUCACACACGUUUGAAUUGUGGAAGGACCUGAUUGCUGUAAUGACCUUUGAGAAAAAUUUUACGAAAGGAGCGAAGUUGUGUGAUGUUAACGCUCCAAACUUAAUGUAAUCUUUUACUUUGUGGUGGAAGCAAAACACUGUUUGUUUUGCAAAUGGUCAAAAUGUUCCAGAGUAGAUGAGGAGAUAUUUUUUCAAGUGUAAUUGUAAAAAGAAUUUGUGAGAUUAAGAGAUUAUAGCCACAAUGAUCAAAAAAUGCUUUAUGUUUGCAGUGCAGUUUUUCUCUUUGCCUUUUUCUUUCAAGGCCAAGUUUUUCAGUCCAGUACCUGGAACUAAAUAAUUUCAUAGAUGUGGUUUUCGCUGAAAGGAAUGCUUUUGUGUGCAACACGGUGCGGUUAAGGCAUUUCCAAAGCUCUUUGAAACUGUGAAUGCUGUAAGGACAAAAUCUCAUUCGCUAGAUGCUUUGAAAUUACACCAUGAAUUUAUUUUACUGUUUGCAUACAGUCGCUCAAAUAAAAAAAGAAGUCUUUGAUCAUG